CACUAAACCCGCUUUAUUAUGGAGGGUCAGACCGGAAGCUUCUUCGCCGGUUGAAAUAAACAGCUCCUGCUUCCUUAUCUGGCUGUCAGGAUUCUAAACUGAAAUAAAGGAAGGAUAAUUCAGUGAUAAAGUGAUCGUCAGGUGUGUGGGGAUGAGUGAGGAACAUUACCUGGAGUUGUGUGAGAACCCGGUGCAGUUUGAACACGCCUCCAACGUAAACAACGUCUUCUUCGACGAGGCCAACAAGCAGGUGUUUGCCGUCCGUUCAGGUGGAGCCACAGGUGUGGUGGUCAAAGGCCCGGAUGACAAGAGCAGUGUGGCCUUCAGAAUGGAGGAUAAAGGAGAAGUGAAGUGCAUCAAGUUCUCCACUGGAAAUAAGAUCCUGGCAGUGCAGAGAACAUCAAAGUCUGUGGAUUUCAUCAACUUUAUACCUGACUACCCCCACAUAGAGUUCAGCCAGGAGUGCAAGACGAAGAACGCUCAUGUUUUGGGCUUCUGUUGGACAAACUGGAACGAGAUUGUCUUCAUCACCGACCAGGGAAUCGAGUUUUACCAGGUGUUUCUGGACAAGCGCAGCUUGAAGCUGCAGAAGAAUCAGAGUAUUAAUGUGAACUGGUACCAGUACCACCCGGAGGCGGCCGUCAUCCUGCUGUCCACCACCGUGCAGGGGAACAUCCUGCAGCCCUUCACCUUCAGGAGCGGGACCAUGUCAAAGAUGUCCAAGUUUGAGGUUGAGCUGCCCGUCAUCCCCAAACCUGCCAAACUCAGCCUGUCGGAGAGAGACAUCGCUAUGGCAACCAUCUAUGGGCAGCUGUACGUAAUGUAUCUGAAGCAUCACUCGAGGACAGCCAACAGUCCCAGUGCAGAGGUGGUGCUGUAUCACUUACCCAGGGAGGGUCCAUGUAAGAAGAGUCACGUGCUGAAGCUCAACACAACGGGGAAGUUUGCUCUAAAUAUCGUGGACAACCUGGUGGUGGUUCAUCAUCAGAGCUCCCAGACGUCCCUGAUCUUUGACAUCAAGUUAAAGGAACCAGACUGUGCUGUCAACACACACCAACCUGUCCUACCUGCCAGGUCCAUACACCCCUACAGGAUACCACUGUCAGGUCCAGCAGUGGUUCCCUCUCAGCCUCCAGUGCCCUGUCAGCUCUACUCUUCCUCGUGGAGCGUCUUCCAGCCUGACAUCAUCAUCAGUGCCAGUGAAGGUUAUUUGUGGUACCUACAGGUGAAGCUGCCUCCAACUGUCAACCUGCUGCAGGACAAAGGCAAACUGAUGGACUUCCUGUUACGACGGAGAGACUGCAAGAUGGUCAUCCUGUCAGUCUGCACCCAGAUUCUGGUGGGCAGCGAGAAGGGAAGUCUUCCUGUUGUGGCGACCGUCUUUGACAAACUCAACCAGGUGUACAAAGAAUAUCUGGAGGCUGAGCAGAGCUAUGUAGCGACGAUGGAGUCUGGCCCGAGUCGAGGCAGCGCCGCUCAGAAGCGUCCGGUCAGGACUCAGGCAGUCAUCGACCAGUCAGACAUGUACACGCACGUGCUGUCGUCUUUCACAGAGAAGAAGGGUGUCUCCUACAAGUUUGUCAUUGCGGUGCUGAUGGAGUACAUCCGCUCCCUGAACCAGUUCCAGGUCACGGUGCAGCAUUACCUGUACGAGCUGCUGAUAAAGAUGCUGGUGCAACACAACCUCUUCUACAUGCUGCACCAGUUCCUGCAGUACCACGUCCUCAGCGACUCCAAACCGCUGGCUUGUUUACUUCUGUCUCUGGAGAGUAUGUACCCUCCUGCACACCAGCUAUCGCUGGACAUGUUGAAGCGUCUGUCCUCGGCCAACGACGAGAUCGUCGAGGUUCUGCUGUCAAAGCAGCAGGUUCUGUGCGCACUCAGAUUCAUCCGCAGUGUCGGCGGACAUGACAACGUGUCAGCCAGGAAGUUUCUGGACGCAGCGCGGCAGACUGGAGACCAGAUGUUGUUCUACACCGUGUUCAGGUCGUUCCAGCAGAGAAACCAGCGGCUCAGAGGAAGCCCCAGCUUUAAUCCCGGAGAACACUGUGAGGAGCAUGUGGCUCACUUCAAGCAGCUGUUUGGUGAGCAGGCACUAAUGAAACCCUCCACCGUUUGAACCGCCGGCACCGAAACACGAAACACGGUUAUACAGGAUGAACUGGGUCUGUUCCUCAGACAGGAGGCCAUCUGAUGAGCCAGCAUGACCAAUCACCAUGGACUCGUAUGUUUUCAUGCACACCGGUACCCUGGGUCCAGACACCUCUGCACGUCACACAGCACCAUUACACAUGUUUGUUGUAUCUGGAAUAAUAAAACCUAAGGUCCAGCUCAAACCGA